CAGACGACUCACACUGUACAGCAACGAGAAUAUAGCCGGCAACAAACUGGAGCGACGGAUUAUCAAAAGUGAACGUGCACUUUCGCUCUGUCGUUUAAAUGAAAACGCGUCUGUGGCCAGGAUGAAAGUGGUACUCGUGUCACGGAGCGCGGACGAGUGUAACAAGAGAAAGAGAAGCAGUUAAAAUCCCGAAAGAGAAUAGCAAGUUGGUAGCGUCGGUUUCGGUUUAAAAUCUAACCUUAAAAAAAAAAUGCAUAGCAAAAUCUCAACGAUUGAAGGCUGCUGCGUUCUUAACCAAAGUGAGAGUAAUAUCCUCGAUAGAUGAUCGAUUCGAAAAUUGUAUAUCUUAAUAAUAUUCAAUUCUAGAUACUUUUUUCUUUUUAACAACGACAAACAUACUCCAGUGCAAUUUUCAUGAAGCAAUCAGUCGAGUGCCGAAGGUAGGCUAGCGACAAUGGUGGGGAUACGUGUCAGGACAGUAGCACUAAGUGAGCGUCGCAGAUCGCGAUGUCAGUUCACAUAAAAUCUUAAGGGAGACGCGUAAAGAUUAUUUCCGCGUAAAUAUCAAAAUUCUUUAUGACUUCGAAAUUUCUUUGCCAUUGCUGCAGAAUUUCGAAAGAGCGGUAAAGUGAUUUGAAGCAAAAAAUUUUUUACACAGCCAAUCCGGCAUUCGAGCCAUAAAUAUACCGAGACAACUCGUGUUAUUGCGAAUUUAUCGUGUUGCACGAUCACGAAUAAAAGAAUGCGAAUCUGUUUGUGCGCGAAGAAAAUUGCGGAUUCUCGUGUUACGUAGGUCCGUGAAAAUAGAAAGAGAAAAGAAGAAUGUGUGUGAUGUCCAGUGCCUCGAAGUGAUGCGUGUGUGAUGUCCUGUGGCUCGAAGUGAUGCUUUUGUUUCUAUGAAAAAUUUUCAUUGAAUAAUUAUUUUAAUUAUUGUGGCUCAAUACUUUCGUUAAAUUUGAGUAUUCCGGCUUUUAACGUAUGUCCUAAUAUAUUUUUUCUUCGCGAAACGACCAACGUCUGAAAUCACUGGCGGUGACCUUGACUCGAUCAGUCCCACUCCGCUGCGACACUUUGCCUAAUACGAAGCGUGAAGAAUACUAUGACCAACUGAUCAACACUUAUUAACCGAAGUAGAUCCCGAAAGUCAAGAAACUUAAAAAAAUCGAUCGUCAAAAAAUACCAUAAACAAUAAAAAAAAAAAGAAUAAACAAAAAAUUCUGAGCUCAAAAUCGACGCGUACAUAACGGGAAUACCAUCAGCAGUCCCCCCAAAAAAAAUCCGUUAAUCAACAGAUGCCAUCCGCACGUUCAAAAAACUGUCAAAAAUGUUGAUGCGCGAUGUCGUCAGCGAAAUCGGUUCGCGAAUUGGACUCGGCGGUAAUUCCGGUUGCGAGCAGGGUGGCAGUUUGAAUCGCGGUAUUUCGCAGUUGGCAGCGCUGCUGCUCGAGGAUGAGGAUAUGCAAUCGACGACAACGAGACUGUCGGCGCCAUUGGACGAGAAUCGUCCGGUCGUUAGCGCGGCAAAUCGCAUACCAACAGUCAAUCGAAGUUUCCGCACAUACAGGAGGAGGAGUAAUCGCGUGGCAGCGGAGUCGCCGAACAAUGUGUCAGGCUCUCCUCCAUCGGUGAGUCCACUAUCCUCAUCAGUCAUCUUACAACGAGAAGGAGUAAUAACCCAACCGCUAAGUACACCCGCGUCCCCACUCUCCUCCUUAUCCUCGCCAGUAACACAACUGAAUAUCCCAUCUCCUGAAGACUGCACGCAAGAUCCCAAUUGGCAAGCGACAAAGCCGACUGUCCGUGAACGAAAUGCCGCUAUGUUCAACAACCACCUCAUGGCCGACAUUCAAUUUAUCGUCGGCAGUCCUGGGCACACGCAAUCCAUACCCGCACACAAGUACGUACUGGCUACCGGAAGUUCCGUCUUCUACGCAAUGUUCUACGGUGGCUUGGCAGAGAAUAAGAAGGACAUAGAAGUACCGGAUGUGGAACCAGCGGCUUUUCUCACACUUUUAAAAUACAUGUACUGCGAUGAGAUUCAGCUGGAAGCGGAUACGGUAUUGGCGACGUUAUACGUCGCCAAAAAGUAUAUAGUGCCGCACUUGGCCCGCGCAUGCGUGAAUUAUCUCGAGACAAGUUUGACAGCGAAGAAUGCUUGCCUGCUGCUGAGCCAGUCGCGACUCUUUGAGGAACCGGAUCUCAUGCAACGAUGCUGGGAGGUGAUCGAUGCGCAAGCGGAAAUGGCCCUGAGGUCGGACGGUUUCGUUGACAUUGACAUCCACACUCUCGAGUCAGUUUUAUCUCGCGAGACUUUAAACUGCAAGGAGACCCAUUUGUGGGAUGCUGCGCUCAGAUGGGCAUCAGCGGAAUGCGUGAGACGUGAGAUCGAGCCGACGGCGAAUAAUCAGCGUAGACUUUUAGGAUCUGCUUUGAAUUUAAUUAGGCUUCCCGCCAUGAGUCUCGAAGAAUUCGCCGACGGAGCGGCGCAAACCGGCAUACUGACGCAGCAGGAAACUAUCGACAUUUUUCUUCACUUCACCGCCAGCACAAAACCACAGCUUUGCUACCCGACAAAGCCACGGCAAGGUCUAAAGACCCAGGUCUGCCACAGGUUCCAGUCGUGUGCAUACAGGUCAAAUCAGUGGCGUUACAGAGGUCGCUGUGAUUCGAUACAAUUUAGUGUUGACAAACGAAUUUUUGUGGUUGGUUUUGGUUUAUACGGAAGCUCCUCGGGUGCGGCGGAUUAUAAUGUCAGGAUAGAACUGAAGCGUCUCGGUCGGGUAUUGUCCGAGAACAAUACAAAGUUCUUCUCGGAUGGGUCCAGCAACACUUUUCACGUCUACUUCGAGAAUCCUAUCCAAAUUGAACCGGAGUCCUUCUAUACAGCCAGCGCCAUACUGGACGGCGGAGAACUCAGCUACUUCGGACAGGAGGGAAUGUCCGAGGCGACGGUUGGCAGCGUCAACUUUCAAUUUCAAUGCAGUUCCGAGAGCACCAACGGGACCGGCGUUCAGGGUGGACAGAUCCCGGAACUCAUCUUCUACGGUCCGCCGACGGACGAUUGACGCAAAUUCACUCCAGAGGUUAUGGUUUAAGAAGAAUCCUUGCGACGUCCUUUCGAGCUUUCGCUCUCUUAGAUUUAGUCUCGGCGCGCUUUACAUUUUUUCCCGAGAUCAUUAUUCCAACGAUCGCUAUGCUUGUCUCUCUUAAUUCACUACAGUUCACUGGUCCAAACGAAUCAUCACGUCUACGUGUUAGUAUUGAAAAGUGUCUUUGGCUUUUCGGACCUACCAAUUUUCUUACUUCGGAUCCGAUCUAUCUCGUGUACAUACAAACGGUCAUAACGUACAAUUCCAGACAAGUGUGACGAACGAAUGAAUAAGUCGCGUGAAUGAAAUGAUUUAAAAAAAAAAAAGGAAAAAUUUGGUGCCGAGAGACUUUGCGAGAGGAAGUUUAAUAAACUCAGACAAAGAGUAGGUGAACGUUAAAAAAAAAUGUCGGUGCAAACGGGUUUGCCGCAAGACACGAUCGCCUUUGCAUCAUGACAGUCGCAUCUUGUGCAUUCGCCGUUACUAAGCAAAAAAUUAAUUACCUAGUUGGGCAAAAUUUCUAACCGGAAGUACUCGACGUUUGCAAAUAUGCCUGUGCCAUCUAAAUUCAGAACUAUUGAUAUGUCCUAUAUAUUCUAGUCUGGCUGAUUCAGGGUUUUUUUGUUUUUGGAAUUUUAUCUACAAAAUUUCCGUGCACUUCUCUUUUCUAAUGGCGAAUGCACAAGGACAAAACGUGAGCCAUGCGAUCGUGCCCAAAAAGCAUUCUCGAUAUUAAUUGUCGUUUACGAUUUUUUAAAAUUAUUUACAUUAAGUGACAUUGCGAAACGGUUACCUCAACGAGGGAGAACCUAACGUGCGUUUAAACAAAAAUACUGUUAUUCCUAUAUGCGUACCGCGCGAUUUGUUUUAGAUUAUAAGUUAGGUUACGAUCACCAAUUGUUAAACUAUCCAGCGAAACGUCAAAAUUCUUCACGAAUUUUUUUUUUUGUUAGCGCUUUACUCAAACCGACUUACGUUUACACUGACGCGGUUAAACGUUCCAUCGAUAAAGAAGAUGGACGGCGAUUAAAGGAAGGAUACAAAAAAUAGAGCAAUAGUAACGAAAUGUAAAAAUUGACCGGAUACAGCGGAUACAGUGAUACACGAGUACUUAUUGCAAGUUUACGAAAGUCUUAGGUGUUUCACAAAGGAUUGAACCCAACGAUAUUAUAUAACGAUAAAUUCGUUAAAAGUCAGCCGCUAAUUCUCUUCUCUCAUUAUUCCCACCCUGCUGCGCUCAGGGAAGCAAUCGCAAUAGGCGAUUAUAAAUUGUAACUUCUCUAUUCGUAAGUUAUAAAAAUAACGUUUCCUAAUAACUCAUUGACGCAAGUUACGAUAACGUUCCUCCUGCCUUAGCGAAAGCCUAUCGUACGAAGUUUCUCUCGGAAUAUACAUAUACAGGCACUUGUCAUUUGAAAUUUUCUAACGGGACCGAUCAACGAAAUUUUAUCAAGAAAUACUUUAACCAAAAGCCAAUAAGUCACCCUCGCUUCAACACACUCAUCUGUAUUAUAACGCAAUUCCGUAAUUGUUCAGCCAAAAAAAAAUAUGUCUUGUAUCAUAAUGCUCAACUUAAACGCCAUUAUGAUUUCGAUCAUUGUCUUCGCGACCGCUUCACCCUAGAGGCGAAAAACCCAAAGAAGGAACCCACUGUACUUCAGUACUGAAGAACUACUGAUCCCCCGGAACCUUCAUCCACCUCUACUGGCUCUGGCCUCUUUCAGGUUAGGAGCACCCGUGCGAAUCCCCUUUGUAGCGCCCAUCCUGGGUCGAGUCUCAAACUUCCUUUUUCUUAACCCUCACGCGGCAACGUGCGAUAACUGACUGGCUUACCCUUAUCGCUUGUAAGGCCACUGUCCCCUCUCUCCUUGUAUUGUACGCGAAAUCGAAGCAUACUUUGAUUUACAAUUUUGGCUUUCCAUUGUACCGCCGGGUACUGUACCGAUAUUUUACUUAACCCUUCGUUUUUGACUUUUCAAAAAUCAUCUGUUCCCACUUACAGACUUGAGAGCUUGAUCAGCAAAUACUGUAUCUAAUCAACAGUCGACGUUGGUAAAACAUUGGGAUAAUUUUUACUAACGUACAAACCUACUGUGUUCUCUUUUAUCACUACUUUUAUUUGCCAGGUGCAUAUUUCUUGAGGAUACGUUUUUUUUUUUUUUUUAGAAAAACGCGACACUCGGCCGUGUGACAUUGUUUCAGUGUGAAGAGUUUUAUUAUUAUUAUUAAUUAUUAAUAUGUUUUGUUAUUAAUAAUCCAAUAAGAAAGAAAUUUAUCAUAGACACGUACGUAGUCGUUUAUGACAAAAAGACUAUUGUAAUCGGAGAGAACUUAUUGUAAUUGUCAUCGUCGUCAUUGUAACCCACCCAUUCAUUCUCAUUAUGUAAUAAUAGCAAUCGUGUAUUCUAAACAUCGUUAAAUUCGGCAUCAAAGCCAAAGUUCGAAAGAUAGUCAAUAUAAGUAAUACAAGAGAAUUAUAUAAAAAGAAAAAACAGGCGCGACAACGCUUGCGCACAAAACAGUGAAGCCCUCCUGCUGUCAUUUGAAAUACGUAUAGAAAACAAAAUUGAUUUUGCGGAUGAUCAUGAUCCCGAAUUGGCAACGUGUAGGAACAUUUGUAUAAUCAAAUGAAAAUAUGUUUCUGAUGCUUCGUAAUGAAAUUCACAAACGAUUCGUAGGAGGAUCGUCUUGAUUGUUUAUAAUUUUAAUUUUCUUAGAUUGGCGUCAUUCUCAAAUAUUACUUCGCAAUAUAUUGUGCCCUUUGCAGAUAACCUUUUCCUUUCUGCAAAUUUCCGCCAUUAUGAAAACAAUUGUGCAUGCGUUUUCUCGAAAGUGCUAGUUUAGCUAGAAAAGCAAUACUGACAAAUUAUAUAAUAAUGAACGAAAAAAAAAAAGAGAGAUAGCCAACAUAACCUCAAUGAUAUUCUAUAGACAUUGAUUAGAGAUAAUGAUAUAUAUGUACAUAUUAUAAUCUUUAUAAUCACAAAUGACGCGAGUCCAAUUUUUCUGGGCUGGAUGCAUAAUAUAUAUUCGUGAAUAACUUUAGAGACACGUGUGGUCGAUUUACAUGAACAAGAAUAACCAAUGAUUUUUCAUUUCAUAUGCUAAACAAUUGUACGGGAUUGAAGGAAGGAAUCGAUUAAUAUUUAUAAGUGGUUAACUGCUUACGUAACUUUUUACAAAAUUUCUAAGAGACAGUCAGUCAGUGUCUAAAAAAUGAUACUGUAGAGAUUAAGUCGUCAAUUUCACAAUUCAUUUUGGUUUUGCAAAAACAGAAGCAAAAUGUACCACGUUAUAAAAAAUGGCUAUGUGAAUUGUCAUUGAAUAAUCGAAUUGAAAAAGCUGUGAGUUUGCGAUAGGCUGAUUAAAAGUGUAUAACGCGAUAUUAAUUAGAAUGAAAGUUUAGGCCAGUUAAUAAAGAUACGUUUUAAGAUCCGUAAUGAUGAAUCUCUGUAGAUAAAUGAUAAAACCGAACGAUAAUUUUUUAUGAUCCUAAUUAUAACGAGUAACGGUACUUGUAAAGAAGCGCUUAAGAAGGUCAACAAAAAUAUAUGUACCGUUGAAAUCUUUUUUACGAAAUAGCGAUUAGGUGCUCCUUUAUCACUUUAACAUUUAAUAAGCAAUGAAUUUCUGUAGUACUGUUAAUAUGUCCGCUUCUAUAAUCUUUUCCGUUGUAUACAAGUUGCCUAUUUCCUAUAUCGUUAUUUGAUUAUAUAAUUAUAUGACAAAAAAUGCUGCUGAUUACUGUUUUGUGAUAUAAAGAGUUCCACCAUUCCCAAAAAGGACUGACAGUGAUUAGAUUUUUUAGACUCUUAGUGUAUAAAUAAAAAAUAUUCUCCAAUUA